UCCUUCCCUCCCCACCUUCUCCCUUGCUUUCCCCGGCGGGCCCUACAGGUGCCGCUGUCCUCUUCCCCCAGCCCGUCCGCGUCGGGCUGAGCUGCUCACUCCAGCCCGGGGACUGGUAGGCCUUGCUGAGGAGGCGGAGGCGGAGGAAGGGAGGCGGCGGCGGCGAGAGGCGGAGGGCCAGUCGACGAGACGCCGAGAGGCAGCAGCAGCAGCAGCAGCAGCAGCAGCAGAAGCCGCGCCGAGCUCCGCUGCCGCCGCGCAAUCCGCCGCAAUCCGCCGCCUUCAGGCGUCCCGGCCGCCCGACCCCCGGCUCCCCAGGCGCCCCGGGCUCCCCGCAAGCACCACAGGCAGAUCAGGAGCGGUGCAGAGAAAUUUCCUUACUCGAUGACCUUUCAUCGCGAUGUCCGAUCGUUCGGGGCAAAUAACCAAGGGAAAGGAUGGGAAAACCAAGUACAGCACUCUCAGCCUGUUUGAUAAAUAUAAAGGAAAGUCAGUAGAAACAGUUAGAAGUACAGUUAUUCCUAGACAUGGCUUGCAGAGUCUCGGGAAAGUUGCUUCCGCGCGGCGCAUGCCCCCUCCUGCCAACUUGCCAAGUUUGAAAUCGGAGCAUAAAGGAAACGACCCCAACAUCAUCAUCGUGCCGAAGGACGGAACAGGAUGGGCAAACAAGCAGGACCCUCCAGAGCAAAAGAGUUCCAGUUGCACAGCCGCACAGCCGCGGGAGUCGCUGCCGCAGCAGGAUUCACAGAAAUCUGUCUCCAAUUUACAGAAACGGAACCUGUCAAUCAGCCAGGAGAAUACAAAUUCAGCACUCGGUGGUGUAAAAUCAUGGGCGCAGCUGAAUGGAAAGCCAGCCAGAGUAGAAGGUGGUUCAAGGGGCUCAAGCCGACUGUUAUCCUUCUCUCCCGAGGAUUUUCCAACGUUGAAAGCAGCUGGCGAGCAGGACAGGUCUGGCAAAGAAAAGGGCACCUUAGAUCCGUCGUAUGGGCCCGGACCAAGCCUCCGCCCCCAGAAUGUCACAAGUUGGAGGGAAGGUGGUGGUAGAAACAGUACCUCGGCCACCUCUUUGUCCCCCUUCCCCACCGAACUGGGUACCAAGAGCUCCAGCACGGGCGAGGAUGUUCCGACCUCAGCCAAUGGGGCUGAUCCCAAGGACCUUUCUCUCCGCCCGUCUCUGCCUGCUCGCAAAGGAGCAUCACAGUUUAUGGCAAACACGUACCAGCCACCCACAUAUCACGACAUGCUUCCUGCCUUCAUGUGUUCAAAUCCGCCAGCCGAGACCCCAAGCCUACCUGAACGGGCGUCCUUUCCUCUCCCCUCCUUCUGCCUGGAGCCCCGUGUUCCCUUCAGGCAGCAUCAGCCAGUCGACCCAGACGGAAAAGACAAGCGACUCGGGCCCCCACGUCCAGUUCGUCUGGUCCGACCGCCGGGAGAGCGAGUCCCCAGGCCGACCAUCAUCAACGCAGAGAACCUGAAAGGUCUGGAUGAACUGGACAACGAUACAGAGGAUGGCUGGGCAGGAAUUCACGACGAAGUGGAUUAUUCCGAAAAACUGAAGUUCAGUGAGGAUGAGGAGGAGGAAGACACCCUCAAAGACGGGAGACAGAAAUGGAAUGGCUGGGAUCCCCGAAGGCCUCCUUUGCUGAGCUCGGCCGAAAGCACCGAUGUCCAUUACCCCACAGAGGACCCCAAGACUUGGAGCGACUCAGCCAGCCUCCCUCGCACCAUCCGCAAAGUGUCGGAAAGUCUGCCAGGCUCCAGGAAGCUCAGCGGCUGGAGUCCUCUGCCGGAAUAUCAGAAGCCCCCACUGUCAUGUUUGCGGCAACAGUGUUCAGAAGAAAAAGAAGAGAAGCCGCCCCUGAGACAGAAGUUUGUCUACUCGGAAAUGUCGGAAGCUGUCGAGCGGGCGAGGCGGCGACGGGAAGAGGAAGAGCGCAGAGCGCGGGAAGAGCGCCUGGCGGCCUGCGCAGCAAAACUGAAGCAGCUGGAUCAGAAAUGCAAGCUGGCACAGAAAGCGGGAGAUGGUCCCAAACACGUCGAGAGUGAUGAACCUCGAUCCUCGACCUCGGAGAAGAGCGCCGUCUCGGACAACAGCCACGCAACUCGGAGAGCCAUCCCUGAGCCUCAUGCCCAGGAGCCCCCUUCCGGUUACGUGGAUGAGGAGACCCCAGCGGCUGCCGCCACCGCAGCGCUCCGGAGUAGCAGCGAGGAGGAGCUCCGCGAAAGUGUUUCCCCCAUGCAGGAAUUUGGCAAACUCCCCAAGCUCCUUCCCCCGCGGUUCCAGAGAAAGCAGCAAGACCAGCUCUACAAAAUGCAAAACUGGCCACCCUCCCAAGUCUACCCCCCUUCUUCCCACCCUCAGCGGACGUUCUACCCGGCCCACCCACAGAUGUUGGGGUUCGAUCCACGGUGGUUAAUGAUGCCUUCUUACAUGGACCCUCGAGUCCCCCCGGGACGCCCACCUGUGGAUUUCUACCCUUCAUCCCUUCAUCAAUCAGGGAUGAUGAAGCCUGCCAUGCAACCAGAUUCCAUGAACGGGGUCAGCUGCCCAUCGGAGGAGCAGAGCUGCCAAUCUGUGGGGCUGCAGGAGAGAAAAGGGGAAGCCACCCCCAUCUGGGGCCCAGAAAGUUUUGUCCCCUUGCCGAGCAAAAAUUGUUUUGUUUCCCAGCCAAAGCAAACAGAGAGUGAGACAGAGGAAGGAUUAUAUACCAGGGUUGAGGAUUCUUACUCGGCACCUUCAGAGCUAAGCACCCAACAUGACUUCUUCGAAGAACUCGGAGAAGACUACUUAACCUCCUUCGAGAAGAAACCCCAGGGGAAUUUCGAGCGGUGCGUCAGUCCCACAGAAAGGGCACCCCAAGAACGAAUCUUUCAGCCCCCCGAGUGCGGCUCUGACCUUUCCGACCCUUGUGAUCGUAGCCUGUUGAAUUCUCCUUUGGAGCCCGGUUCCAUCCGGAUGAAAAGAAGAAGUCCGAGUACAACGGUUGGGACAUCAGCCAUUUUUCAAAACCCUUGGAAGAGGAACCUUCCACGAAAGAAGAGGUCUUCCAGGACGACUCCUUGUUUGGCUCCGAGAUGUGGAAAAAGGAAGGAGCCAGUAGCAGCAAGCCAACCCUGGAACUGGAUGGACGACUCCCGAGAACCGAAAUGGCAGCGGUUCAACGCCACACAGCAGCAAGAGCCGACGAGCAGAACCCGCCGAUCCGGUCCGAUUAAGAAGCUCCUGAAAGCUCUGAAAGUGGAGGAGAAGGAAAAAGAACUAGAGAAGGUGAAGGUCGAUGGAGAAGAGACGUCCCAUCCCUCUAAAGAAAAGGGUCCCCCGCCGAAGGCGUCUGAGGAGAUCAGUCCCGGAGGGGUUGUCCACUCCACUCGCUACCGCUCGUUGGACGAGAGAUGCUCCCCGCAAACCCCCAUCCCGGAGAACGAGAGACGUCACGAAGACCAACGAUAAGGACAGCAAAGAAAAGGAGACGGUCACCAAGACUUGGAGGGCAAGAAUCCGUCAAGGGAGUUCGCUGAGCUGCCUCCGACCAAAAGAAACAACUGGAUCUUCAUUGAUGAGGAACAGGCCUUUGGUGGACGAGGGCAAGGACGGGGCCGUGGACGCGGCUUCCGAGAAUUCACCUUCCGAGGCCGGAGCAACACGGUGGGAUGUGGCGGCGUGGCUGUUGCUAGUAGUGGCGGCGGGAAUCUCCGAGGCGGUUACAACAGCAGCAGCAGCAAUGUCGGAGGUCCCCCGAGAAGCAGCCGAGGGCGAGCCUUGAGAGACUUCAAUCAGGGGGAAGAGUUCCCGCGGGGAAAGCCCAGGCGCCGGAUCGCGAGCGAGACCCACAGUGAAGGCUCCGAGUACGAGGAGCUGCCGAAGCGUCGUCGUCAAAGGGCCUCUGAGAAUAAUAACGAAGGUUCCCUGGUGGAAAGGGGAGAGGACGACCUCAAGAAAGGGGAUUUCCACGAUUCCUGGAGAUCCAAUAAGAUCUAUUCAGAUGAUCAGGACGCCAAGUUGAGGGCCCCACGAGCUUUCGGGCGAUCCUUACCCCCACGGUUGAGCAACUCGACUUAUGGGCGACGAGGAUUCGUUUCUAAGGAGUCUUCCCAAUGGCAGAGUCGAAGUGGUGGAAACACUUGGCAAGAAUACAGCCACAACGCCCCUCUGGAUGCCUUUGGCAUCCGCCGCCCAUCAGAAAGGGAUUACGGCCAAGAGUCUUACAAGGCUUCGGACUCGUUUAGCCGGCGGGCGUUUGAAGAGGACUACGGAGGUGACCCCGAAAACGUGGAGAACCGGCCGUUCCGCCGACGCCGCCCCCCUCGUCAAGACAAACCGCCCCGAUUCAGGCGCUUGAGGCAGGAACGUGAGCCUGUGAGUCAGGGGACCCCUGAAGAGGGUGGGGCCGACCUGGCGGCUUCCCAGUGGCCCCGUAGAGCCAAAUUGGUCACGACAGAUUAUAACGGUUCCUCAAACAGAAGGUCUCCAGAACUCUCCUAUCAGAAUACCUCGGAUCCCGCCAACGAAGAGUGGGAGACGGCCUCGGAAAGCAGCGACUUCAGCGAGAGGCGGGAGAGGAGGGGCGGUGGUGGCGGGAACACGGAGAACGAGGCGCUGUUGGACGGUGGGGCGCCCGGGAGCACCUUGGGGGAGAAGAGAGACCUGGCCAAGAGGAGCUUCUCCAGUCAGAGGCCUGUGGUAGAUCGGCAGAGCCGGAAAUCCGAUCCCGUAGGAUUUGGGGAGAAAGCUGUCCGAGCUGGUGGGAACCGACCAGCGUCCUACUACGAAACCAGCAGAAUGUGCUGCCGGCAGUCCUGGGCGAAACCGUUCCACUUACGGCUCUCAUUCCAACCUGAAUGGUGUCGAAGCCUGGAGAAAAGGCAAGAGAAGGAGCUGCAGCCUGUGGCCAGCGAGAUGAGCGAGAACAUCAAUCCCUUCGAGCUCAGCUACAGAGGUGGUGCGAUGGACAGCCGUGGGGCAGGGCCCGGGGCAGGGGCAGAAGUGGGGCCGAUGAACAGCGAAGGGUUCAUUGAGGUGCUCACGAAGAAACAGCGACGGCUGCUGGAAGAGGAACGCAGGAAGAAAGAGCAAGCGGCACAGGCUCCGGCUAAAGGCCGCGUCCUGCAGUCCCGCAUCCCGCCUCGCUUUGCCAAGAAGCAGAACAGCCUGUGCCUGGAACAAGGGGACGUCUCAGUGCCGCGAAACACCUUGGGGACAGAGAUAUGGGAGACCAACAGCGCAGCUCUGUCCGUUCAGUCGUCCGGCCCUGAUUCCUGGAACAAGCCCAUUGGCACCUUUAUCGCUAACGAGCCCGGCUCUGCGGAGGGGUUCAAAGGCAGCCAGGGAGACAGCGGCAUCGAUCUGAGCGCAGAGUCGCGGGAAUCUUCGGCCAGCUCUUCCCAGCGCAGUUCUCCGUACGGCACUCUCAAACCGGAGGAGCUGAGUGGAGGUGGGCUGGCUGAGGCCAAGGGAGAGGGGCCGAAAGAGCCGGCUUUGAAGCAGUUGGAUAAAAAGGAUCCGGAUCAAACCCUGACCCCCACCAAGGACCACAAACCGGGGCCCAUCGGCAACGAGCGCUCCUUGAAAAACCGAAAAGGCUCGGAAGGGACCGAGCGCCUGGAGGGCAACAUCGCCCCCUCCAACGGAGUGGAGAUUCACGUCGAUUCGGUUCUCCCCGUCCCGCCCAUCGAAUUCGGAGUGAACCCUAAAGAUUCAGACUUCAGUCUGCCCCCUGGCUCCUCACCUGGGACCCCAGCCAACCCGGUGGCGAAAUUACAGAACGUGCUAGCCAGCAACUCUGGAUUAACCCAGUCCCUCCCUGUUAUUCGAAGAGAUCACCAACUUCCCCGUUGCAUCAGCUUAAACAUAUCUUACCCUACAGCAGAUCUCAGCCUUAAAAUGGAGUCAGCCCGAAAGGCAUGGGAAAACUCUCCCAGCCUUCCCGAACAGAGCUCUCCCGGAGGCGUCAGCUCUGGCAUUCAGCCUACAUCCAGCAUUGGGGCUUCCAGUGGGGUCAGCUACAGCACCUUUGGUGGUGUUUCUGUCCCCCCGAUGCCUGUGGCCUCUGUGGCACCAUCUGCUUCAAUUCCAGGUAACCACAUCACACCCCUGUAUUUAGACGGACAUGUGUUUGCUAGCCAGCCGCGACUUGUCCCCCCGACAAUACCUCAGCAACAAGGCUACCAACAGGCAGCUGCUGCUCAGCAGAUUCCACUCUCCCUCCACACUUCAUUGCAGGCCCAGGCUCAGCUCGGAUUGAGGGGCGGCCUCCCCGUUUCACAGUCCCAGGAGAUCUAUAGUUCCAUCCCUCCCUUCAGGUCUCAGGUCUACAUGCACCCCAGCUUAUCCCAGCCCAGCACCAUGGUCUUGACAGGAGGCACAGCGUUGAAGGCGCCCUACUCCGCCUUUCCAGGGAUGCAGCCAUUGGAGAUGGUGAAGACACAGUCGGGCUCCCCUUACCAGCCUGUAAAUGGCAGCCAAGCUCUCGUUUACGAGGGUCAGAUCAACCAGGCGUCCCAAAUGAUGGACUCACAGCUUCAGCAGUUGACAAUGUCCAUUCCGGGCUCCCAGCUUCCGAUGGCCCGUUACGGAUCUGGCCAGCAGCCCCUCCUGCUCUCCCAGUCCAUGCACCUUCCCCAAGGCCAGAACCUGCCCGUUGGUGCCCCACGCAGGAUCCUCUCGCCCAACUCCCAACCCUCCUCUGCGGCCCUGGUUACAAACAGGGAGCCUUCUCACAUGGAAAUCAAAGGAUUCUCCUUUACAGACACUAAACAGAACAUUGUGCCUGGGGGACCCAUUCCGUCUUCUCAUACUUACAGGCCCAGUUCUGCCAGCCCUAAUGGGAAGUCCUCCGGAUCGGCCGUCGGCAUGAGCUCUGUACAAAGGCAUUACAUUCAACAGGCAAAACAGCGAGUGGAUGAGAACAAAGGACUGGGAGCCGUGAAACUUCAGGAUGCUCCUUCCGCUGGUCAGAUGAAGCCAGUCCGUACGGGCGCCAUCAAGCCUCAAGCUGUCAAAGUGGAGGAGAGCAAGGCCUAAGCUCCCCCCCCCCCUUUCCCUGAAGGUUGCCCACCAGUCCUCCCACUCAAGAGAAUGAGAGAGAGAGAGAGAGAGAGAUGGAGGGGGGGGGGCUUCAUAACCCACAUCCUUCUCCUAGAUAGCCUCCCGGGGGGGGGAGGGAGGGAGGGAGGGAGGGAGACUGGAUGCUCCCAGAUGCUUUAAGCCGAGAUGUUUUCUUGUAGCGCCAUGGCUUUUUCCCUGUCCUUUCCUUUUCGUCCUUGGCCUGCUUGUUUUUUUAAAAGAACAAUGACGACGGCUCCAUCACAAUUCAGCAGCAUCCAAAGUCCUCUUUUGAAUUUGUGGGUUCUGGAGUGGCUACAGCCAUUUUUCCUUUCUUUGUUUUCUCCACCUGCAAGUAGCAGAAAAUAUUAAGGAGUUAAGCUUUUCCCGUGGCAUAGUGGAAAUGCUAAAUUAUCUGUUGUUCACCUCCUGUGUUUUGCUUUUCUUUCCUUUUUCCUUUUCUUUCCUUUUUCCUUUCCUUCCUCCCUUUCCCCCCUCCUCCUCUGCUGUCCUCCCUUUUCCCCCUCCUCCUCCUCCUCCCUAACUUCCUCCUCCAUCCUCUAAGCCCUUCAGGGUUUUUUAUCUCCAAGCCCCAGGGACUCUGUAUCCUUCACUGGUUGCUGAACUUCCCAUGUUCUGUUAGACCCCACCCCCCACCCCCACCCCGGUCCGAGUCAAUCGGAAGCAACUUCUUCCUGCUUCCGAUUGACUCACCUGGAAAGGAAACAUUUGCCAAAUCCUCCAAUCAUUUGUGUUUGGAUGGAUUUCCUCCUUGGGUAGAUAAUUCCUCCAUCCAGCUUGGAUCUCCGCUCUGUACCUGAAGGUCCUUUCCAACCAUACGUUCUCCCUCCUCCUCCCCUUUUGCAGUAAAGCUUUAGAAAUCAACCAAGACAGAACAGCUAUUUCCCCAUUGCACCAUUCCCAAAUCUCCAACGUGUGGAAGUCAUUUUGAGAUCUUCCCAAAUUUUCCCCACUCUCCCCAAACCAUGUGUUCACGGCCAUUUUUUAUGCAAUUGAUUUUCGUGGAGCAUGGGAAGGUAAGCUUCUCCAGUGUUCAGCUAAAUCAGCUGUUUUUCUGGAGAAGUCAUUUUUCAAUCUGGAAGAGAUGUGUGAACUUCAACUCCCAUAGUACUUUUCUCCCAUUUUCCAGCAUAAAUUCUGGGAGUUGAAGUCAGCACCUCUUAAAGCAGGCUGGCUGUGGAAUUCUGGGAGUUGAAAUCCACACAUUUUAACAUUGUUGUGUUUGAAAAAACAUUUGACUUCCAGGCAUACGCUGAUUUGAUCGUGGUUUUCCUUCUUCCCAUUUUCCUUCCACUCUCUCCUGCACCCUCCUCUGUUCAUCCUUACUCUGUAUUCCUUCCUUUGCUUUAGCUGAUUCUGUUUUUUUUUUUCUUUGUAAGCUCUCUCUCACCCCUUCCAUCCUAUUUCGCAUCCAGCAGUCCGUCUGUAGAAACGGAGUAAAAAGUAUCUAUUGUUAAACAAACCAGGGCAGGUAAAAAUAGAGGGUUUUUUUUAAAAAAAAAAUCCCUGCAAAGAUCAUUUAAAAAAAAUAAAAAAAAAAUAAACAACUUUAA